AUGAACAGUAAAAUAACUUAAGAAUCUAAUUAAAAUGCUCUAAAUAGCGAAGCAAAUGAAAGUUGCUUUGAAAGUUUUGACUUUAUAGAGGAAAGAGAUGAUAACUUUGAAACUGAAAUGAACCAAGAUAAUUAUCAGUACAAUCAGUAAUAUAUGGAGGAACAUGAUAAUGAAGAGUAAUAUGAGUAAGAUAACUAGGAAUCAGAAUAGGAUCAAGAAAAUGAAGAAUAGGAUGAUUUGCAAGGAAUGAUAGAUGAGUAUAUGCAUAAUUAAGAGAGUAAUGAUGAUAUCAUGGAUGAUGAGUAGCAAAGAGGACAUAUGGAUGAUAAAGCUAAAAAUGAACUUAUUUUUCAAAACUUGAGAAGUUCAUCCAGCUCCCACUCUUCGAAUUAAUAAAGAACAUCUUCUGGCUAUCUAGCUGGAGAAAAAGAUGAGAAUGAUUCUCAGAAUGAAACCUAGCCUAGUUCCGGUGAAUACAAGGAUAAAAGAUAAUCUAAUCAAUCAAGAUAGAGUCUUGAUCAUGGAUCAGAAUUAAACUAAAUAAAUCCAGAGGACUAUCAAGAUAAUUGUUGUUAGUUAGAUUAAGAUUACUAGUAAAUAAAUGAUACUUAAAUGAACUAGGUUAAUGAUGAUCGUAUUGAUAUCAUAGCUGAGGAGGCUAAUGAAUAGUUAAUGUAAAAAAAGUAUGGAUAGGCAGCGAUUAUUAAGAAUCCUGUGCAAAAAAUUACUUUACCCCCUGAUUCAGGUAAAAAAGCUGGGCCAGAAUCAAUGUACUACUUAAGUAUUCACAAAGCUGGACUUGAGGAAGUUGAUAAAGAUAUGAUCCAUAAAGUUAUUUAGGAAGCUUCAAAGACUUCAGAAUUUUACAAAUAAGAGGAGAAAAAAUUGAAUGAAGUCAAAGAGAGAUGCAAAAGAUAUUAAGAAAAAGUUGAUCAAGAGUUACUUAAGAAGGAGAGGAAUCUCAAAAGAACGUGGAUUCAUGUUGAUAUGGAUGCAUUCUAUGCAGCAGUUGAGAUGAAAGAGGAUCCAAGCUUAGCUGAAAAACCUAUUGCAGUAGGAGAGAAAAAUAUGAUUAUGACUACUAAUUAUAUAGCAAGGAAAUUUGGAGUAAGAUCUGGUGUGCCUAGUUUCAUAGGUAAAAGAUUAUGUCCUGAGUUAAUGAUUAUUAAGCCAAACUUCCCUAAGUACAGGAAGGCAUCAGAGCAAUUUAAAUCUGUACUUUUGAGAUAUGACGAGAAUUUAGAGUCUAUAGGACUUGACGAAGUAAACAUGGAUGUGACAGAUUAUUUGAUUAAAAAUAAGUUUGAUAAUUAAGAAGGAAGAAUAUUUGUAGCCCAGAAAAUUAGAAGAGAAAUUUUUGAAAAGACUUCUAUGACUGCUAGUUGUGGUAUUGCUUGCAAUAAGAUGCUAGCUAAAAUCUGCUCAGACAUGAAUAAGCCAGAUGGAUAAACUUACCUUCAUAAUGAUGAAAAGUAAAUAACAGAAUUUAUGAACAAAUUACCUGUUAGAAAGUUAGUGGGAGUCGGUAAGGUUAAUGAGUAAAUUUUGCUUGGAAUGGGUAUUCAAACUUGUGAAGAUGUAAUGACAAAGUCUAUUGACAUUUAUAUUAACUUCACUGAAAAUGCUUUUGAUUUUUUAGUAAAAUCUGCCAUGGGUAUUGCAAGAAAUACACAUGAUGAAACUGGACUUAAAAAGAGUUUGAAUGUAUCUUAAACAUUCCAAGUCUUAUCUGAGUAUAACUAAAUUAAAUAAAAACUCGAAGAAUUAUGUGAAGAAAUGGAAGCAAGAGCUAAAUAAGAGAAGUUAAGCGGUAGAACGCUCACUCUAGAGUUUAAGAACGACAAGUUUAAGAAUAAGUAAAGAUCGUACACUUAAAAUUAGUUCAUUUGGAGGAAGGAAGAUCUAAUGAAAAUUGCAAUAAAUCUCUUAAACGAUGUUUAGCCACUUGAACCAACUCGACAAAUCAGUGUUAAAUUGCUAAAUCUAAGAAAUGAUAAAGGCUAAUUGAGUGCUAGUGCAACAGAAGUAAACUAAAUAACUGGUGGUAGGACUAAGCUAGGAGGAACUCCUAAAGAAAAUUAGCCUAAAGCACUCAAAGCCACUGUUGUUACUUCAUCAGGUGAUGGUGGCUUUUAAAAAAUUACCAAGCAGUUCUGGGUUGAUAGAUAUAAAUACAAAACUUACUUAAAUAAUAAAUUCAACAAAAUGGAUUAAGCCAAAAAGGCAGCUGAUUAGGGUGCCAAUAAUGAGAAUGAAAGUAUUUUAAAAACUAAGACUAGUGGAGUAUUCAUUCCAUAUCGUAAAGGUUUUAUCAAGAAAUGGACUCCAGUAAACUACAAUAAUCUGAGAAAUAAUUCCUAUAAUAAAGAUAAUAAUAAUAGUAAUAAUAAUCAGUAUCAAAAUAAUCAUAAUUAAAGUAGUGGAAGUGGAACUAGUAAUGGGUAAAGCAUAGUUUAACACAAAGAUAGUGAAAAGCCUGAAUAGCCAUACAAGGAAAAAUAUAGAGGAAACUGGAUGAUGAAUAAGACUAAAUUUCCUAAAUAAAGUUACUAUAAUAACAGUAACAAUAACAAUAGCAAUAACAGCAGUAGCAACAACAACAACACCAACGGAGGUUAGAGUAGUGGCAGUAAAUCUGCCUCUGAAUAUAGCGAAUUAAAAGCUUAUAAAAAUUUCUAUAAAAACAAUAAACUCUACAUUUCGAAAUAUAAAAAGUUGUCUGAGUAGAAUCAUCUUAGGGGCUAACCUACUAAUGGAGGAAAUAAUGGGGCCCCUUAGAAUGGGAAUCAAAAUAACAAUGGUGCAUCUGGAAGUAAAAAAGGUGGCCAAAGUGAUCUUAAUAAUUUCAUUAAAUGUAAUUGA